AAUAUUCGUGUUUUAACAGGUGCUGAUGACAUCUCCGUACAACUUGGUUGUACUCUAUCAGCGAAGGAACCGAGUGUGAAACGAUAGUGGGGGAACCAUGAGCACUUUUUUGUUUAGCAUUCGCUCAUCUUUUCACGCAUAUUUUGGGUUCGAAAACUAAAGUUGAAUCAUUUAAAAAGUGAAAGUCAACAUGUUGGGUGAUGGGGGAGUCUACGCUGCGAAGAAAAGAAAGAAACCGGCUCAGAAAAUUGUGAAGCCCUCGGUCGUGGAGAGUCCCGCUAAGACAAACCCGUCUAAGCGUCACCGCAACCGUCUCAACGAGGAGCUGGAGCGCCUGACUAGCCUCCUGCCCUUCUCUCAGGAGGUCAAAGGUCGUCUGGACAAACUCUCCGUUCUCAGGCUCAGUGUGGGAUAUCUAAAGGUCAAGAGCUACUUUAAUGCGACCUUACAGAAGAGUGCUUGGACGGCCCCCGCUCUCUCCACCAGCGAUGGAGUCAGCUUCUCAGAGAGUGACCUUUUGCUCCAGGCUCUAAACGGGUUUGUGUUGGUCGUAACAACCGAUGGCUGGGUGUUUUACAUGUCUUCCUCCAUCCAGGAAUACCUGGGCUUCCAUCAGUCUGAUGUCAUCCACCAGAGUGUGUAUGACCUCAUCCAUGUGGAGGACCGGGACAUGUUCAGAUGCCAGCUCCACCUCACCCUCAACCCCAACCAGGCCGAGGCUGCCUUCCCAGCAGGGGGCGGCCGGCCGGACGCCAGGGCCACCAGCGGGCCGGACGCCAGCGUGAGCUUCCUGCCACGGCACAUCCUACCGGAGAACUCGUCCUUCCUGGAGCACACCUUCUGCUGCCGCCUCCGCUGUCUCCAUGACAACUCGUCAGGGUUCCUGCCUCUGAACUUCGAGGGGCGUUUGAAGUAUGUGGAUGUUGGGGGUCAGAUGCAGUUGGCCCUCUUUGCCAUCGCCUCUCCCCUGUCGCCCCCCUCCGUCAUGGAGAUCCGCACCAAGACCAUAGUCUUCCAGACCAAACACAAGAUGGACUUUGCCCCAACGAGCAUAGACACCAGAGGAAGGGUGGUCCUGGGUUAUUCGGAGGUCGAGCUGGUGACUAAAGGGUCCGGUUAUGAGUUCAUCCACGCUGCCGAUAUGAUGUACUGUGCCGACAUCCACCUCAAGAUGAUCAAGACGGGAGAGAGUGGUCUGACAGUCUUUAGGCUGCUGUCCAAGCCCGGCGUGUGGAUCUGGGUCCAGGCCCACGCCAGGGUGGUCUUCAAGGACAGGAAACCGGACUUCAUCGUGGUCCGAGAGAAAGUCCUCACGAACAACGAGGGGGAAGAACACCUUCGUCAGAGGAGGCUGCAGCUGCCCUUCAACUUCGUCACGGGAGAAGCGCUCCUUUACGGGUCCUGUCCUUCCCUGGAGAGCCUCUCCUUCCCCGCUCCCCCUGGCUCCAGUCCUCCAGCCCCCACACAGACCCCCAGGGAGACGUCCCUUGACCCUGGCUCUCUGUUGGGUUCCCUCCUGAAACAGGACCGUUCUGUUUACACCCGGUCGCAGGAGCCCCGGCCGUCGGACCCAGCCUGGGACCCACACCUCUCCCUGGAGCGAGCCUUCACGGACAGCCAUGCCCUCCUCAGUGUACCUGGGGAGAUCCAGGACCUCCAGAGGGCCAGGCCCGGGGGGCUCACAGCCCUGGCCAUGUUGGACUCCCUGGGGGAGAUCCUGGGGGAGAUGGGGGACGGGGGGAGGCUGGAGGGCCUGGAUGUGCAGGAGACUGAGCUGAGGGACUGGGAGAGCGCCCUCCUCAGGAUAAACGUGGAAAUGGAGGAGUUUUCCAGACAGCGGAGCGACCUGCUAGCCAACGAUGUUUUCUCCUAUGUGGAGGAAGCUCUCAGGAAAGAGAAUAACAUUUAGUCAUUUUAACAAUAACAAUAACAAUCGUGACUGUUCGCGCUGUUCAGAACAGAGGGGUGUUGAGCCAAUCAGUGCUUUCUGCGCUCUCCUCCCCUCCAAUCAGAGCUUUGUGGGUGGGUCGUCAUUCCACUCCCAGAGUUCUGUGUUACCUGGCAACCAGGGCAUCUAUGGCCCUACUGGGGUGUGCUCUGAGACUGAAGAACGGGUCAUAACUGGAAUGAAAACUAACCACAGCAGCUUUGGAGAGCAAGGCUUUCUGGGAAAUGUAGUUCCCAGUGAACUAAAAAGACAGCACAUUGCUGUUCACUCUCUCUAAUGAGACACUGCCAUAGGCAGGUCCCCAAGUAGCAUUGGAUAUGCCCACGGCAACCAGGUUCCAUGGCAACCAUCCAACACUAUCCCAUAAUAGCAAUCAGUCGCAGUCUGGAUCUGUGGGACAGUCAUAGAGAUUGAUUGAGCUUGAUAAUAAUAAUUUAUUAAAAUUAUGUCUUUUACUUUAAUUAAGUCACUAGAUUCGUCGCUUAUACUAGAAACGAGUCCAACAAGAUUUCAAAUUUAAAAACAAGGUUUUCACUCUCAGUAAGAUGGCCACGUUGUGCAGCGUGCCCUGAAGGGAGAGGUGGACUGGAUGACCUUCUCUUCACUCACCUGCAGACAGCCACAUCAGCCAGAGGGUGGGGCAGGAGCCAUCUCCCUCUCUCUUAGACACUGGCUGGACUGUGGACUAACAAAAGGUUUGUGACUAAGAAGUGUCGGCCAUUUUGUUGAUCCGAGAGUUUUACAAAUGGAUUCAAUCCUUAGCCAUGGCUGAUUUAAAGGUCAACUGAAAAAGCAAGUGCUGUAUUUUAUGAUGUAAAUUAUAUUAGACGUAGAUGGCUAAGAUAUGACCAUUUCUUAAAUUAUUUUAAACUGU